GUUUGAAGACCUGACGAGUAACCGUCCGCUUGACUACCACGGGGAAUCUCGGGAAUUAUUCAUCCCAUUCUCCCUUGCUUGCUACCGUUCUUGGGACAAAGGUGUCAACCCCACAUUUGCGAUCGAAGACCGUCUGAAGAUUUCCAUAACCGUCUCUCACUCAACACCAAUUGAUGAUUCAGCGGGGGCGAAUCUUCAACUGCCCAGCAUGCGGUGAGCCGCAGAAAGGAAUUGGCCAAUGGAAAUUGCGCCAUCAUCAACGCGCAUUCGACAAGAACUUUUUUCUUUGAGGGAUGAAACGGGCAUUUCGAGAUCUCAAGGGAUACCGCUGCUGGGCAAGGGGAAACCGAUGAUAGUCGUUGAAGGGUGGUUUGUAAUCAACACGGUGAGGUCCCCACUCAGUGCUCCAUUAUCACCUUGACGGCAAUAACGAUGCGUUUUCAUAUGGCUUUUGGCCUCCCAGAACGGGGAAUAUAAAUGUCUUAUAAACGCCCUUCUUCCCUCAUUGCCCUUUCCCGUUCCUAUUUUCCAUCAGUCUAUCCAUCUGUAUACCUCAACACCAACAACAUCAUCACCAAAAUGACCGUCGACGCCAUUCAGCAGAAGAAGACCGCCUCCCCUGCGGCCCCGGGUGCUGCCUUCUACACCCCGGCCCAGGUCCCCGCCGCCGGCACCCCCCUCGAUUCCACUCCCGGCGAGGUUCCCACCCUCUUCACCCCUCUCAAGAUCCGUGGUGUUGAGCUUCAGAACCGCUUCGCCGUUGCGCCCAUGUGCACCUACUCUGCCGACGAUGGCCACAUGACCGACUGGCACAUGGUCCACCUUGGCUCCUUCGCCCUCCGCGGUGUUCCCCUCACCAUCUUCGAGGCCACCGGUGUCCUUCCCAACGGCCGUAUCACCCCCGAGUGCUCUGGUCUCUGGCAGGACUCCCAGAUUGCGCCCCUCAAGCGCAUCGUCGACUACAUCCACACCCAGGGCCAGAAGGCCGGUAUCCAGCUGGCCCACGCCGGCCGCAAGGCUAGCACCAAGGCGCCCUGGCACUACCAGAGGGGCAAGAGCGAGCUUGCCGGCCCCGAGGAGGGUGGCUGGCCCGAGAACGUCUGGGCCCCUAGCGCCAUCUGCUACAACGAGGAGACCUUCCCCCAGCCCAAGGAGAUGACCGUCGAGCAGAUCCAGGAGCUCGUCGAGGCCUGGAAGGCCGCUGCCCAGCGCGCCCUUAAGGCUGGCUUCGAUCUCAUUGAGAUCCACGCCGCUCACGGAUACCUCAUUUCCGAGUUCUUGAGCCCUAUCUCUAACCAGCGUACCGACCAGUACGGUGGCUCCUUCGAGAACCGCACCCGCAUCCUCGUCGAGAUCACCAAGGCCAUCCGCUCCGUCAUCCCCAAGGACAUGCCCCUGUUCGUCCGUGUCUCCGCCACCGAGUGGAUGGAGUACACCGGCCAGCCCUCGUGGGAUCUCCAGCAGACCAUCGAGCUCGCCAAGAUCCUCCCCGACCUCGGCGUCGACCUCCUCGACGUCUCCUCGGGCGGCAACAACAAGGACCAGAAGAUCAACGUCCACACCUACUACCAGAUCGACAUGGCCGAGGAGAUCCGCGCGGCCGUGCAUGCGGCCGGCAAGAAGCUGCUCGUCGGCGCCGUCGGCUUGGUCACCUCUGCCGAGAUCGCCAAGGAGACCGUCCAGGAGAAGGCCGAUGGAAAGGUUACCAUCACGCGCGAGAACGGCGCCAAGACCAGGGCCGAUAUGGUCCUUGUUGCCAGGCAGUUCUUGAAGGAGCCCGAGUUCGUCCUCACUGUUGCGGAUGAGUUGGGUGUUGAUGUCAAGGCUCCCGUACAAUACCUCCGUGGUCCCCUUAGCAAGAGGACCAAGAAGUUGACUACCGUCCCUUAGAUGGAAAGUCAAAAGGGAAUAGAAAGGGGUGACGUUUUCAGCUUUGGAUAGAGUUUAGAAAGAGCGCUAGACAUAGAUACCACUUUAUAUGAAGCAUUUUAGAU